AUGUCCGGCCUGUUUGGCUCCGCGGCGUCAUCGACGCCGUCCAACACGGUCGGCGACCUCAAGCAGGACGUUGCGCUCAACAACCCUCCCGAGGACAGCAUUUCCGACCUCGCUUUCUCCCCGAACCAGAACCAGACCAGCGACUUCCUGGCCGUCGCGUCUUGGGACAAGAAGGUCAGAAUAUACGAGAUUGCCCAAAAUGGCCAGAGCGAGGGAAGGCACGCGUACGAGCACGACGGACCCGUGUUGAACUGCGACUUUUCCAAGGACGGCAGCAAGGUCCUCUCCGGUGGCGCCGACAAGGCCGUCAAAGCCUGCGACCUCGGCAGCCAGCAGACCAUCAAGAUCGGCGAACACGAGCAGCCCGUCAAGUGUGUUCGUUUCUUCGACUCGGCCAACGGCACCAUGGCCGUCUCCGGCUCCUGGGACAAGACGGUCAAGUACUGGGACAUGCGAUCGCCCACACCCGCCGCGACGUUGACCUGCCAGGAGCGCGUGUACUCGAUCGACGUGCGCAACGACCUGCUCGUCAUUGGCACCGCCGACCGCUACAUCAACGUUGUCGACCUCAAGAACCCGACCAAAUUCUACAAGACCCUACAGAGCCCGCUCAAGUGGCAGACCCGCGUUGUUAGCUGCUUCACGGACGCCGCCGGCUUUGCCAUUGGUAGUAUCGAGGGCCGCUGCGCGAUCCAGUACGUGGAGGACAAGGAUGCUAGCUCCAACUUUUCCUUCAAGUGCCACCGCGAUCCCCCGGCCAACAACAUCACAAACGUAUACGCCGUCAACGACAUCUCCUUCCACCCCGUCCACGGCACAUUCUCGACCGCCGGCUCGGACGGAACGUUCCACUUCUGGGACAAGGAUGCUAAGCAUAGGCUCAAGGGGUACCCCAACGUCGGCGGCAGCAUCACGGCGACCACGUUCAACAAGAACGGCUCCAUUUUUGCGUACGGUAUCAGCUACGACUGGAGCAAGGGAUUCCAACAUAACACGCAGGCGUAUCCCAUCAAGGUCAUGCUGCACCCCGUGCAGGCGGACGAGUCGUUUUGA